CUUAAACUUCUAUAUAAGACGAGCCGUUGCAUAACCCCCACAUAGACGCACGCGCAUCAGGGGACUCUACACAUAUUCAAAGAUGGGGCUACAUCGAUUACUUAGAGUCGUCCUGCUGUGUGCUGUCAGCUACACCAGCGCCUCCGUGGUGGGCGAUGGAGAAAACUAUAGAAUGGGUCGUCAAUCACCAAGUAUCUUCAACGUGGGCAAUGGCGAGCAGUGCCUGGGCAGCGACAGACUGACCGGCGGUGUCUGUCUGUCCAGAAAUCAGUGUAACACGCAAGGAGGCAAAGCUAUUGGUUUCUGUGGAGUCUUCGCGACAUGCUGUUCAUUAAAUGCGUGUGACAUUCGCACGCAGACGAAGGUGGCAGUGUUCAUCAACCCUCCCCUCAACAGGGAGUCCUCCGGCCUGGAGUGUUCCUACAAUGUUGAGAUCAACAACAACAACGUCUGUCAGAUGAGGAUCGAUUUCGAAACCUUCAACUUGGCUCCUCCUACUACUGUGGACCCUGUAGAGAACGUGACACAACGUCCAGGCUACAUCUGCAGGAACGACAUCUUCCAAGUGACCAACCUCCAAGCUAACUCCGACUUCUUGCCUCCACUCUGCGGUGACAACAGCGGACAACAUAUCUACGUCAGAGUGAACGCCUCCACCAACAGCAGAGCCAUUCGUAUUAACUUUAAGAUCGCUGACCGAAGCUCUCAGCCUAACCUUCCUCAAGCCACCUGGAAGAUCAAGGUCACACAGCUCGAGUGCUUCAAUACUCUUGGCAAAUACCGUGACGGUAUCCUCGAGACCUGGACCGCUGCGCUCCCCUCAACACCAUUCACGUCAUCAGCUGACAGAGACGAGUACCUCAUUGCACCUCCCGGCUGUCUCCAAUACUACCCGGACCGCGCUGGAGCCUUUGAGUCAUUCAACUACAACCGAGGAGCUGGACCAUACAUUGCCAACCUGGUAUAUUCCACUUGCUUCAAAAAGAGCCCAGAUGUCUGUGGAAUCAAAUUCACAUCAGCCAGCUUCAACCUAGCCUACAGAGAUGAUUCGAACCUAUACCUCGACACUGAUUGCCAAGUGAACCCAGUCACGCGAGGAUCAGCUCAGUCUGAAGACUACUUAUUCAUUCCUGAAGCUGAAACUGCUGAUGGACUGAGAGGCGCCAAGUUCUGCGGCAGCAGUGCAGCUUCACAAAUCAUUGCCUCUACUCCACCAGGUCCCCUGUACGUGCACUUCCGCAGUGACAACUUGGUGACCCAGGAUAUACCUGAAGAAGGAUACAGGUUUAACUAUAACGUUCUAAAUAACUGCUUUUUCAAAAAGUAGUUAUUUUAACCGUUAUUUUUAAGUUAAACCGAGAAAUCGUUGAUAAAGGUUCAUUUUGAUUUAAGUAGAUGGCGUUCCUUAAUCGAAAAUUGUAAUACUUGAGCUAUCUCUUAGAUAAAAUUAUCAGAGAGUUGUGUAAAUUGAAAAUAAGUACAAUCAAAGUGUUGACAACGUUUUUUGGCAAUUAAAAUUACGAAUUUAAAGAGAGACGUUUUGUCUGGGCAUUCAGUUGUUUCCUUGAUUGUACUUUGAGAUUAUAUUUUUUGAAAUUAGAAAUCAAGGCAUGACAAGUAUGUAUUUUAUAACGAAAAGUAUUAUGAAAAUCAUUAUUUUUUCUUUUGUAUAGUUGUUUGGUUUUUUCGUUGGUUUUUUUCAAGUAUUGAAUCUGUUUGAGAUUUCAUGUUAUAGAUUGCUUCUUGCUCGCUUCUUGAAAGAAAACAACACCUUCGAGUUGUUUAUUAACAAAAACAACGCGAUAGGUCUUAGUUUUCAACGAGGUUUUCAACCACAUUGAGCGCUUUUCAAAAUGACAGCUGUCAAAAUUUUCAACAUGGCCGUUAAAAUGGCGGCUUAAUACCACA